AUGGGAGGAAACUGUAGUGACCCCAAGAACCAGGGGUAUCUUGGGACUUUAUUUCCUAAAACGGCUCGAUCGACCAAUCAGUACUUACAGUCGAAGCUGAAGCCGACCUUUGCAUCAGCUCAAAGUCUACUGAACACCCACAUCCUAUAUUUUCAACCCAUUUCCGUCUACAAAAUGAAGUUCUUGGCCAUUGCUGUCACCUUGUGCCUCGCUGUGCUGUGCACCCAGGCUUUACCAGCCGAAAUGCCAUCUUCACCACUGCUGCUUAGUCGGAUGGCCAGGUCACCUCAAUUCCCUUACCCAGACUGUAUCCCGUGCACUUGUAAAACGACCAUCACAAAAAUUACCAUAAUCGAACAUGAAGUAAGACCAGCAUCCACAAGGUUCGGCGGCAGCCCCCAGUGCUGCCCAUGCCCUCCACCUCCCUUCUGAUGUCGUUGCCCCUCAUGGACCGAUGACGCUAAUCCUCUCAAUAUGUUCUAGACGGAUAAUCACAAAAAUAAAGAAAAAAACACUGAACCCAAAUGGUAUAUUAUUACUGAAUGUAUUCAUAUCCAAAUAAAAUUGCUGUAACUAACCAAA